AGCCAUAUGAAAACUUCAAAACAGAAGUAUGGGUAGCUGACUGAAGUAACUCUAUGUCAAGUAGCCAUAGGUUAAGUAUCUUCAAAGAACUUGGAUUUUAUUUCAGAGGAUACAAAAUAAAAAAACAAACUGGAAAACAUAAAGAUUACAGAGAAAAACCCAACACCUUCCUGUGCAGUCCUGUUGGAAUUUGGACUUGCCAUGAGGUGUUGAAGCCUUGUUUCGCUGAGUUGGAGAGACUGGACCUAAAUGGCGCAGCAUGACUUUGCUCCAGCCUGGCUUAAUUUUCCUACCCCACCAUCAUCAACAAAGUCGUCACUGAAUUUUGAAAAGCAUUCUGAAAACUUUUCAUGGACAGAAAAUCGUUAUGAUGUGAAUCGUCGACGACACAACUCUUCAGAUGGCUUUGAUUCUGGAAUUGGACGUCCUAAUGGAGGUAACUUUGGAAGGAAAGAAAAAAAUGGAUGGCGUACACAUGGAAGAAAUGGUACUGAAAACAUAAAUCAUCGAGGGGGAUACCAUGGUGGAAGUUCCCGUUCUCGUAGCAGUAUUUUCCAUUCUGGAAAAAGCCAAGGCCUACAUGAAAACAGCAUACCUGACAGUGAAACGGGGAGGAAAGAAGACAAGAGAGAACGCAAACAGUUUGAGGCUGAGGAUUUUCCAUCUUUAAAUCCUGAGUAUGAGAGAGAACCAAAUCAGAAUAAAUCUUUAGCUGCAGGUGUAUGGGAAUAUCCCCCGAAUCCUAAAUCUAGAACUCAAAGGAUGCUGGUCAUUAAGAAAGGUAAUACAAAAGACUUACAGCUAUCUGGAUUCCCAGUAGUAGGAAAUCUUCAGUCACAGCCAGUUAAGAAUGGGACUGGUCCAAGUGUUUAUAAAGGCUUAGUCCCUAAGCCUGCUGCUCCACCUACAAAACCUACACAGUGGAAAAGCCAAACUAAAGAAAAUAAAGUUGGGACUUCUUUCCCUCAUGAGUCUACAUAUGGUGUCGGAAACUUUAAUGCUUUUAAAUCAACUGCCAAGAAUUUUAGUCCAUCAACAACUUCAGUGAAAGAGUGUAAUCGCUCAAAUUCCUCUUCACCUGUUGACAAACUUAAUCAGCAGCCUCGUCUAACCAAACUGACACGUAUGCGCACUGAUAAGAAGAGUGAAUUUUUGAAAGCAUUGAAAAGGGACAGAGUAGAAGAGGAACAUGAAGAUGAAAGCCAUGCGGGCUCAGAAAAGGAUGACGACUCAUUUAAUUUGCAUAACAGCAAUAGUACUCACCAAGAAAGGGAUAUAAACCGAAACUUUGAUGAAAAUGAAAUUCCACAAGAGAAUGGCAAUGCCUCGGUAAUUUCCCAACAGAUCAUUCGGUCUUCAACCUUCCCACAAACUGAUGUUCUUUCUAGUUCACUGGAAGCAGAACACAGAUUGUUAAAGGAGAUGGGCUGGCAAGAAGACAGUGAAAAUGAUGAAACAUGUGCUCCCUUAACUGAGGAUGAAAUGAGAGAAUUCCAGGUUAUUAGUGAACAGUUACAGAAGAACGGUCUGAGGAAAAAUGGUAUUUUGAAAAAUGGCCUGAUCUGUGACUUCAAGUUUGGACCCUGGAAAAACAGCACUUUCAAACCCACUAUUGAGAAUGAUGACACAGAGACAAGUAGCAGUGACACAUCAGAUGACGACGAUGUGUGAAGGAUUUCCUAACAGCUUUAGAAAUUUUAGUGUGAUACAUCUCUCAUACAGUUUGGGGUGAAUGGUAAAAAUGAAGAACUAUAAUUUAUGUAGUAAAAUACCCCAUUAGAAGAUGAUUUUUUUGGGGAACUUCAAUAUGAAGAAAACCAAGAAUGUUGUGUUGGGCUGUGUUGAACAUUAUUUCUUUGUUAAAUGAAUGUUGUAGAAAUG